UCCUGCGCAUGCGUUGGAAGUUUCUGCCGCAGACAGCAGCAGCAGUGAUUCGGCAACGCAGAGUAACAACAAAUAGCAAAACAAAUCUGUAUUUGAAUUUUAAACCAUGACGAUGUUUUAAGGAAUGCCUUUCGAGGAGGUACAUGGAGAUGUGAGGAGGACCCAGUGUCCCAUGUUGCAUUAGUGUCUGUGUGAAAUGCUGGCCUGUCUGCCAGGGCCAGGUGACCUCUCCCUCCAGCUUCUCUCACACACGCAGAUGAACACUGGACUUCAGAAAUGGGACACUACACAGAGGAUGAGAUCCGCUCAAUAUCCAACCCCUGCAGAAUUGGAUGCUUAUGCUAAGAAGGUUGCCAACAACCCCCUGACCAUUAAGAUCUUCCCCAACAGUGUCAAGGUCCCCCAGAGGAACCACGUGCGCCGCACAGUCAACGGGCUGGAUACUUCAGGCCAGCGCUACAGCCCCUACCCCCCCUCUCAGGCCAGCGCCAAGGCCGGCCUCCUUGCCAUCAUCAAGAUGCCCAUCAUCAAGGGCAUCCUCAAAGACUUUGAUGGCAGCCGGGUACGCCUGCACCCCUCCGAGGUCAUCAUGAACCCCCCUGGCCCCGGAGGGCCAUACGCAGCAGCAGCUGCCUCGGCCAGCACUUUAAACCUCCACCACCCCCCUUCCCAAGGCCAGGGCAUGCCCCGGCAGAGCCUGAACCCUCACCCUGGGAGCCAGACUCACCCUCAGACUCUACAACAGACUCACCCCCAGCAGCAGGGUCAGUGCCAGGUCCUCAGACACCCACCCUCCAUGCCCCAGCAGCACCCAGAGCAGAGUCUGCCCAGGCCCCAGACUCUGUCCCACCCCCAGCCUCCCUCUGGCCCCACCCUCCUGCUCCAACAGCAGCAGCAACAGAACCUUCAGCAGCAGGGGCAGCCUCCUCCCGGCCUUCAGGGGGGCCGGAAGCUGCCAGACGCCGACGCGCCGCCUAACGUGACAGUCUCUACCUCAACAAUUCCUCUGUCCAUGGCCGCCGGCCUGAACCAGGGCCGCCAGCCAGACCUGAGCAGCAUCGUGCACCAGAUCAACCAGUUCUGCCAAGCCCGGGCCCAGGGGGCUGGAGCCACCUCCAUGUGCGAGGGCCAGAUCGCCAACCCCAGCCCCAUCAGCCGCAACCUCUUCAACAACGCCUGCUCCAGGGUGUCCAUGCACAGCAACCCGCACACCAACGCCUGCCCCCCCGGCCUGCCCCCACACCCCAACUGCAUCAUGUGUCCCGCGAACAAGGCUGCUGCCCCCUCUCACCCCCAAAACAACAUGGCUGCCUCAAACAUGAUGCCUGUUUACCACAAUGAUAUCAAACAGCAGCAGCAACAACAGCAUCAACAACAGCAUCAACAACAACAACAUAAUCACCAACAGCAGAUGCGCUGGAACCAGCAGCAGUUGGCUCAUCUACAGCACAUGCAGCAGGAUGGCGGGGGCCACCCCUGCAAGCAGCCCUCUCACAUGGGCUACCCCCCAGAGCUGUGUGUGGGCCAGCCAUAUAGCCUGAAGCCUCCUAUAGAGAAGCCCACCCCCUCUCCCCCAGUCAACAACAACAAUGGCAUGCCUGGGGGUCCACUGGCCCACUACACCAGUGGUGGCCACUAUUUCCAACAACACGCUGUGUGGAACAGCAGUAUCCUGCCAACGCCCAACAGCGACAGCUCCGGGUCUCAGGACCUGGCCAUGCCAUUCCAUGGUGGGCCCCCAGGGGGCUCCACAACCCUAGACUGCGGUGGGCCCCCUGGGGGAGGCCAUUACAGGCCCGCGGUGAGCUCCUCCUCCUCCGGCCAGACUAGUCUGGUGCAAACGGCAGAUUACUUGGGCGGGGACUUCCAGACGCCCUGCUUCCGAGAUCACAAUCUGGGGCUGAUGGGAAAGAUGCACAGGCCUCCCAUGAACAGGGUGGGGCCCGAGGUUGGCCCCGGGGACGGCAGAACCGCUCACAUCCAGCACCCAGGGUACAGAUAAGAUAAGGCCGGUCUUGUCUACACAGCAGUUAAUGAAAACCUUCUUUUAGUCUUAAAGGAAAAAUAUGAAAUAUAAUUAAAUUAAUAAAUAAAGUAAAUUUUCACUAACAUUAAAAAGAGGACAAAUUAAUAUAUAAUAAAGAGCAGUGUUGGUUUUUCUUUUUCUUGGAGUCUAUCUUGCAAGUGAUCAAUUGAUUUUGUAAAUGAGUGCUUUCACUAGGCACCCUCUAGAGAGCGUUUCUUAUGUAUGUGAUUGUCAUCAUUCCCUACCUUUUUUCCAUCUAACCUGUCUAUCAGUGUGCCUGGAUCUAAGGAUACAGAGUUAUUUUUACUUCAGAUCUGUUCUUCAAUUUCUGCAGAGGAUGGAUGAAAACUCACUGACGCUUCAUGGAGGAAAGAAAAAACAUUAAUUUGUUUGUUUUUACUGAGUCGUGUGGGGAUUUCUCCGCUGCGAUUAGUUUUUUUGGACUAGUGGCUAAUGUUCCCUUUUUGCGUUUACUUCUGAAACUCGUAGUGACAUCAAGAUUAAAAACCUCUUGAAAUCACCUUGCAGACGAGAUAAUGAAUGGUUCAGUGUGAAACUGAAACUAUCAUUCACUGGACACUACAAAGGACAGACGGAGACACAUGUACAAAGAGGCUUUUUCUUUCUAUAGAAAUGUAUUUAUUUGUGAAAUAGGACUGUUUUCUGAAUCAGGUCACUGGUCAAGGUUGAUUCCUCGCUAUCAUCAAAGUAUCUAAUCAGGUUGAUGUUUGUACAGAGUAUAGAUAUAUACUGUAUAGACAGUGUAGACAUCUAGAUCCAGCAGGGAGCAACAUACGUGGGGACUGACUGGGGGAGCUGACCAACGCUCUCUUGCUCAAAAUGCUGCAAUGAAUUCAGGUGUCUGUUACAAACCAUUUGUCGCCAAUUGAGAUUGGCAACAUGAUUGUGGAUUAAUAUAUUUUUAUUUUAAUGGAGUGAAAAAAUUAAUGAAAUGAAAUCUGUUCAUUCUGUCUGAAGCCUUAAAUGGCCAAAGUCACAUAAUUGACAAGGAAAACAUAUUUUAAAAGAUGUAAUUUUAUGUUUCCUAUCAUUUUUCGUGAACCCGAAAACAACUACUUGAAUUGUUGAAAUGCGAUGUUCUGUUUGGCAGUUGUUUAGUGAAGGCAGUGGGCUAGUUAGGUUUAGUCCUGCUAUCUACUGGAGUGAAAUAAAUAGCAUUGUUACUAAUGUAAUGUUAUUUUAGAAACUAACUAUGAACCAAAUCAGAGUUUUGAUCCUGAGUGUAUUUUGUUUUUAAUCACUAAAGGUAACUUAGUUGCUACUGAUUCUGGUAUGAAGUCUGCUGAAAAUACCAAAUUGAUCACUUGCAAGAUCACUUGGAGGUUAAAGGAAAUUGACUUUAACUUAAGUGAAACAGCAAAUGCAUUGUUUAUUUUAUUUUACACUGGCUUACCUACUAUACUACUGUAACUUUUUAAAGUGUAAUGAUUGUGUGUGAAUGAUGCCUGCUGAUGCAGGUUGAGUAUAGACGUGUGUGCAUGUGCGUUUUGUAUGUAUGCAGAUGUGAGUGUGUGUCUGUACGUGAGAGUGGUGGACACACUGGCCACUUUCUGUUCGCCUCCUUCCCUAACAGCCCUUAAAAAGCCUUAAGUAUUUGGUCCUUGAACUUUCCUUUGAAAACAUGCAUGGUUAUAACGAAUACCCAAAAUGAUGAUUAUGAGAAUGACGAUUGCAAGGAUACAUACAGAGGACCCGCAAUUUCUGUUUGUUAAUUUGCCUUUUAUUUUAAUGGGAGUUUUUGUUGAAUAGGAAAGGCAAUUCCUUAGAGAUUCUUCUUUUAUUACGAAAACAAGAAAUUUAGUUAUGUUUUGUAAUUAUAUUUUAAUCCUACAGUGCCUUGCAAAAGUAUUCAUUCUCCUUGGGUUUCUUCAAAUUUGAUUGUGUUACAAAGUGGGAUUAAAAUGGAUUCAAUUGUACAUUUUUGUCCACAAUCUAUGCAAAAUACUCUGUCAACGUUUAAGAUGAAUGACUAAAAUAUAGUCGUUGCAUAAGUAUUCAUCUCCCUGAGUCAAUACAUGUUAGAAACACCUUCGCAGCGAUUACAGCUGUGAGUCUUCUUGGGUUGGUCUCUGAGCUUUACACCUAUAUUGUGCAAUAUUAUAAACUGGUGGUUAGAGCCCUGAAUGAUGAUUGUCUGAAAGCUGUGGUAUAUCACACUGUAUACCACGGGUAUGACCCUUUUUU